AUGUCCUGUGCUAACGUGGACACCGCUCUCAAGAAGACGUCGAAGAAGACGAGCAGUCUCUCUACAGAAGUCGGAAACAACCGUAACAUGCUUCUAUGUACGACGUACGCGCUCAACAAUUCGGACACUAAGAAGAUGCAGGUUGGAUUGCGCACCACGUACGACAUGGGUCCAUUUGAGCCAACGAUCAGGAUCAUGGGGAACACGUCUUCAGGAAUUCUCCUUGAUUUGAAUACGUGGGAGAAGUUUAAAAACGUUAUACCCUCUGCAAAUUCUUAUUUGUGUGGGGAAAAUAAGAAUACACCAACCCCUAUCAUCAUCAACAAUAUCAGCAUCAACUUUACCUCAGCGUACAGUGCACGAGCUGUAAUACUGAGUCAGCGAGGGAAAAUGCUGGACGAGAGCGGACCUGCGAAGAAGACAUCGGAGGAGUCUACGCAUCUGAAGCAACCGCCGCUGAAGAAGCGUAAGCUGUAUACGGAGAAUAUUAUAAUGCAGAAGACAUCUUUCGAUGGUCUGCAAACUGUCACAAAAUGUAUCGACACCCGAUACGAGCAGUUACAAGCGGUUACCGCUCUUGUCUUGAAGAAUAUUUCAUAUGAUAAAAAUCAAAAUUUCAGGAAGAACUUGCGGCAGUUUCUAAUGUCUCUACGAGGGGAAGAUAGUUUAUUUUGCAUGCAUGCCAAUGGUAAAAUUGACAUGCGUGGCACAUACUGUGCUCUAGUUUCUGCAAAAUUAACAAAUGUGUACACUCCAGACAUAUUUAGAGGCACAGAAGAGUGGAUAGCCAAGUGUCAGACAUGGGAGGGUGGGUUUGGAGGUUGUCCAGGGAUGGAGGCUCAUGGUGGAUAUGCGUACUGUGGCUUAGCAGCAUUCGUGCUUCUUGGGAAAACAUAUAUGUGUCGUUUACUAGCACUCUUAAAAUGGAUAGUAAAUAAGCAAAUGCGUCUAGAGGGUGGUUUUCAAGGACAUAUCAAUAAACUGGUGGAUGGUUGUUACUCAUUCUGGCAAGGUGGAGCAUUCCUAUUGAUUCAUGCUAUCUUGUCGAAAGAAAAAGAAGAGUAUAAUUCCAAUUACUGGUUGUUCAAUCAAGCCUUACAAGAGUACAUAUUAGUUUGUUGUCAGCAUCCACUAGGUGGUCUUCUGGAUAAACCGGGAAAAAACCGAGACCUAUAUCAUACAUGUUACGCUCUAAGUGGAUUAUCAGUUGCAUAAAAUUCACCACGUUCAUCGAUCG